AUGUUUCCAUUUGUGGGGCCAGACCAGACCAGACCACUGGCCACCAGCAUCACGUCACGCCUGGCUGAAGUGUUUAACCAGCGGUGUGAGGUGAACCGCCGAGCAGCUACCAGCGGCUGUGUCAUAAACACAUGUGGCUGGGUCAAAGGCUCGGGCUACCAGGCCCUGGUGCACGCGGCCUCGGCCUUCGAAGUGGACGCUGCCAUCGUCCUGGACCAGGAGCGCCUGUACAAUGAGCUGAAGCGUGACCUGCCACACUUUGUGAAGACUGCCCUGCUGCCCAAGUCAGGAGGGGCAGUGGAGCGCUCCAAGGACUUCCGGAGGGAGAGCCGCGAUGAGAAGAUCCGAGAGUAUUUCUACGGCUUCCGUGGCAGCUUCUACCCUCACGCCUUUGACGUGCGCUUCUCCGACGUGCGCAUCUUCAAGGUGGGUGCCCCCACCAUCCCCGACUCCUGCCUGCCCCUGGGGAUGUCGCAGGAAGACAACCAGCUUAAGCUGGUGCCGGUGCAGCCUGGCCGUGACCUGGUGCACCACCUGCUGAGCGUCAGUACAGCCGACUCGCCGGAGGACAACCUGAUCGAGACCAGCGUGGCAGGUUUCAUCGUGGUCACCAGCGUGGACGUGGAGCGGCAGCUCUUCACCGUGCUCUCUCCAGCCCCCCGGCCCCUCCCCAAGAGCAUCCUGCUCAUCAUGGACAUCCGCUUCAUGGACCUCAAGUAGGAAGGACGGGGCCAGGACCACUCUUAAACCCCUCCCUUACCAUGCCCCCUUACCCUAUCCUAUCUCCCUUGCCCUUGUCAAUGUGCUCCUGUGGAGGCGCGCCCUGUUGUCACUCUGACAAGACAAACCUUAACAAAACAUUUAUACUGAAUUUGCAUUGACUGGCAAAUACGCUUCCUGUUGCCUUUCAUUCCUCCCUUGCGCGCUGUCUCGUUUUCUCUCUCUCUUCCCUCCCUCCCUCCCUCCAUGCAUGCACGCGCUCUCUCUCCCCUUGCUCUUGCUCUCUCCCUUGCUGACUCCGUCCCCUCACCCCGUCACUUGCUUGCUCCCUCCCCUCAUCCCGUCGCCCUCUCCCCCGCUCCCCCUCUGCCCACCCCCCCCAUAUCUGCACGCUGACUGCUCCCUUUCUCAGGGAGAUAUCUGUAUAAUUGACUAGUGGUGGCCAGCCCCCAUUCCAGCUCUCAGGGAGAUGUCUAUACACCAACUGAUGUCUGUCUUGGUCCUCUCUCCCUCUCUCUGUGCCUGUCUCUCUCUCUGUGCCUGUCAUCCCCUCUCUCUCUCUGUCUGUCCCCGCGUGUCUCUCUCUCUCUCUGUGUCUGUCACCUCCUCUCUCUCUGUGUCUGUCCCUGCGUGUCUAUCUCUCUCUCUCUGCCUGUCACCCCCUCUCUCUCUGUGUCUGUCCCCGCGUGUCUCUCUCUCUCUCUCUCUGUGCCUGUCUCUCUCUCUCUCUGCCUGUCACCCCCUCUCUCUCUGUGUCUGUCCCCGCGUGUCUCUCUCUCUCUCUCUGUGCCUGUCUCUCUCUCUCUCUGCCUGUCACCCCCUCUCUCUCUGUGUCUGUCCCCGCGUGUCUCUCUCUCUCUGUGUCUGUCUCCCUCUCUCUCUGUGCCUGUCACCCCCUCUCUCUCUGUGUCUGUCCCUGCGUGUCUCUCUCUCUCUCUCUGCCUGUCACCCCCUCUCUGUGUCUGUCCCCGCGUGUCUCUCUCUCUCUCUGUGUCUGUCUCUCCCUCUCUGUGCCUGUCACCCCCUCUCUCUCUGUGUCUGUCCCCGCGUGUGUCUCUCUCUCUGUGCCUGUCACCCCCUCUCUCUCUGUGCCUGUCCCCGCGUGUCUCUCUCUCUCUGUGUCUGUCUCUCUCUCUCUGUGCCUGUCACCCCCUCUCUCUCUGUGUCUGUCCCCGCGUGUGUGUCUCUCUCUGUGCCUGUCACCCCCUCUCUCUCUGUGCCUGUCCCCGCGUGUCUCUCUCUCUCUCUCUCUCUCUCUGUGUCUGUCUCUCUCUCUCUGUGCCUGUCACCCCCUCUCUCUCUGUGCCUGUCCCCGCGUGUCUCUCUCUCUCUCUGUGUCUGUCUCUCUCUCUCUGUGCCUGUCACCCCCCCUCUCUCUGUGUCUGUCCCCGCGUGUUUCUCUCUCUCUCUGUGCCUGUCACCCCUCUCUCUCUGUGUCUGUCCCCGCGUGUCUCUCUCUCUCUCUGUGCCUGUCACCCCCUCUCUCUCUGUGCCUGUCCCUGCGUGUUCCCCUCUAUGUAUCUCUCUGUGUGUCUCUCUCUCUGUCAGGGAGAUUUUGUCUUCUCUCUCUCUCUUUCGCUCUCGCGCUUUCUCUGGAGGAUGUUACUCCAGUCUCAUACCUAGUAAUACAGCAUAAGCAUGUGCACAGUGCUUUGUGCAGGUUGGCCAUCGUGCUAUUUUGGCCGCUGGAACAAGACAGACAUCUUGAUCAUGCUCUGUACAAAGCCGCGAGGAAGAUUUGGACUCCUAAGCUGUUUCUCCUGUUCUGUUUUAAUUAAAAAAUAAAAUUGCUUCAGUUUAUUUUAUAUUUAGCUAUUUGUUCAACAAUAAAUCCUUUUGAAACCGA